AAAUUCCGGAUUUUAAGUGUUUAUCCUGACGUCAGUUUGAACGGUUCGUGCAGUCCUCGUAUCACUUCGCGCGACUCUCAACUACGCUUCGUUUGGAAUUCGAGAAUCGAUGGACUGGAGUCCACAACCUACCAAAUCUGUACUAGUGGAGUCACUGAAAUGAUUUCCGCUUGUCUUUCAAACUGGACUAAAAACAUAAAAUGAAUACCUGCGCAAUUCUUUUGAUUCUUGCUGUUCAGAUUCACGCCGACAGCGUUGAGGGACCAACAGCAGCAGGCUGUACGUUUGAUGAGGACACUGACCCCAGCCUGUGUGAGUUCAGCCAGGGAGAGGAGGAUGAUUUUGAUUGGCAACUGUUCCGCGCCCACGCCUCUCCUCUCAGCACCUCUGAUCUUCUGCGUGGCUCCUACAUGAUGGUGAACUCUUCCCAGCAUGCCGCAGGCCAGAGGGCACAGCUGCUUCUGCAGGCACUCAGCGAGAACGACACACACUGCGUCCAGUUCAGUUACUUCCUGUACAGCCGGGAUGGCCACAGCCCCGGGACGCUGCGGGCAUAUGUGCGGGUGAACGGUGGGCCCCUGGGCAUCCCUGUGUGGAAUGUCUCAGGCACACAAGGGCGACAGUGGCACCAGGUGGAGUUGGCAGUCAGCACCUUCUGGCCCAAUGAGUAUCAGGUCUUGCUGGAGGCGACGGUAGACCGAUGGGGUUAUAUUGCUGUUGAUGACAUUCUGGUGCUGAACUACCCAUGCUAUAAAGCUCCGCACUUUUCUCGCCUGGGGGACGUGGAGGUCAACGCUGGACAGAACGCCACUUUCCAGUGUGUGGCAGCAGGACGGGCAUCAGAGGCAGAGAAAUUUUUACUGGAGAGGCAUAAUGGUGAGGUGUCCUCUGGUGCAUCAGCCAAGCACCUGGGCCGCAAUCGCUUUACUGUGUCCUUCCAGCUGGAGGAUGUCCAGAGGCCAGAGCAGGACCUGUAUCGCUGCGUCACCCAGUCCUCCAGAGGCUCAGGGGUCUCAAACUUUGCUGAACUUAUUGUCAAAGUGCCCCCUUCCCCUAUUGCUCCACCCCAGCUGCUGAGAGCAGGUUCCACCUACCUGAUCAUCCAGCUCAACACCAACUCUAUCGUAGGCGACGGCCCGAUCAUCCGCCGAGAAAUUGAGUACAGAGCUAGCCACGUGCCCUGGUCUGAGAUCAGUGGAGUGAACAUGGUCACCUACAAGCUAUGGCACCUCGAUCCAGACACGGAGUAUCACAUCAGUGUGUUACUCACGCGGCCUGGGGAGGGGGGAACAGGGCCGGCCGGACCCCCUCUCAUUAGCAGAACUAAGUGUGCUGAGCCUACACGGGCCCUGCGUGGCCUGAGGGCUUCAGAGAUCCAGGCUCGUCAGCUGACCCUGCAGUGGGAACCUCUGGCCUUCAACCUGACGCGCUGCCACACGUAUUCGGUUUCGCUGUGCUACCGCUAUGAGACAGCAGGCGGAGCCAGUGGGCACAAUGCCACGGUCAGGGAGUGCCUGGCUGUGGAGCGCAACACAUCUCGAUUCACCCUUCGGGACCUGCCCCCCUACCGCACCAUCCAUGUACGCCUGGCUCUUGCCAACACUGAAGGCAAGAAGGAGGGCAAAGAGGUCUCCUUCCAAACCGAGGAGGACAUUCCUGGUGGGAUUGCCUCUGAGUCUCUGACCUUCACGCCACUGGAUGACAUGAUCUUCCUCAAGUGGGAGGAGCCAGUGGAACCCAAUGGUCUUAUCACUCAAUAUGAGAUCAGCUACCAGAGUAUUGAGUCAUCUGACCCUGGAAUCAACGUGCCAGGCCCACGCCGCACCGUCUCCAAGCUGAGGAAUGAAACAUACCACAUGUUCUCCAACCUGCACCCGGGCACCACCUACCUUAUUUCUGUACGCGCUCGCACUGCCAAGGGCUUUGGCCAGACGGCCCUCAGCGAGAUCACCACCAACAUCUCCGCACCCACCUUUGACUAUGCGGAUAUGCCGUCUCCGCUGAGUGAGACAGACAGCACCAUCACUGUGUUGUUACGUCCAGCCCAGGGACGAGGUGCUCCUGUCAGUACAUACCAGGUGGUGGUGGAGGAGGAGACUGGGAGGAAGGUGAAGCGUGAGCUGGGGGUGCAGGAGUGUUUCCCUGUGCCCACCUCCCAUGGGGAGGCCCACGUCCGCGGCAUACCCCACUACUACACCGCCGAGCUGGCACCCAGCAGCCUGCCUGAGACCACGCCCUUCACUGUGGGUGAUAAUCACACCUACAACGGCUACUGGAACAGCCCGCUGGACCCCCGCAAGAACUACCUCAUCUACUUCCAGGCCAUGAGCAGCUUCCGAGGGGAGACCAGGAUAAACUGCAUCCGUGUUGCCCGUAAAGCGGCCUGUAAGGAUCACCGGCGGGCCCUGGAGGUGACUCAGCACUCAGAGGAAAUGGGCUUGAUUCUGGGUGUGUGUGCAGGGGGGCUGGUGGUUCUCAUCUUACUGCUGGGGGCCACAAUCAUCAUCAUUAAGAAAGGAAGGGACUACUACUCUUACUCUUACUAUCCUAGGAAACCGGUGAACAUGAAUAAGACUCCCAUUACCUACAGGCAGGAAAAGAGUAAUAUGAUGGGCUCAAUGGAGCGCAGCUUCACUGACCAGAGCACGCUGCAGGAGGAUGAGAGAAUGGCCCUCUCUUUUAUGGAUGCCCAUACCUGCAGCACCCGCAGUGAUCCUCGGAGCUCCAUGAACGAGUCAAGCAGUCUGCUGGGGGGCUCACCCCGGAGGCCGUGUGGUCGCAAGGCCUCGCCCUACCACACAGGCCAGCUGCACCCAGCCGUGCGUGUUGCAGACCUCCUGCAGCACAUUAACCAGAUGAAGACCGCUGAGGGCUACGGCUUCAAACAGGAGUACGAGAGUUUUUUUGAAGGCUGGGAUGUCACAAAGAAAAAGGAUAAGACAAAGGGAAGACACGAUACAUUAAUGGGUUAUGAUCGCCACCGUGUGAAGUUGCACCCACUGCUUGGGGAGCCAAACUCUGACUACAUCAAUGCCAAUUACAUCGAUAUUCGGAUAAACAGGGAAGGCUACCAUCGAUCCAACCACUUCAUUGCCACACAGGGACCCAAACAAGAGACAGUGUACGACUUCUGGAGGAUGGUGUGGCAAGAGAACUGCUUCAGCAUUGUGAUGAUCACCAAGCUUGUAGAGGUGGGCAGGGUUAAGUGCUGUAAAUACUGGCCUGAUGACACAGAGAUGUACGGAGACAUCAAGAUCAGCCUGCUGAAGACAGAGACACUGGCAGAAUACGUAGUGCGCACAUUCUCCUUAGAGAGGAGGGGUUAUUCUGCCAAGCACCAGGUGCAACAGUUCCACUUCAGCUCAUGGCCCGAGCACGGUGUGCCCUACCACGCCACGGGGCUGCUAGCAUUCAUCCGCCGCAUCAAAGCAUCCACACCACCUGACGCUGGGCCCGUGGUGGUCCACUGCAGUAUGGGGGCUGGCCGGACAGGCUGUUAUAUCGUGCUAGAUGUCAUGUUGGACAUGGCUGAGUGUGAGGGAGUGGUGGACAUCUACAAUUGUGUAAAGACUCUUUGCUCCCGCCGCAUUAAUAUGAUCCAAACCGAGGAGCAGUACAUAUUCAUUCACGAUGCCAUCUUGGAAGCGUGUCUGUGUGGGGAGACAGCUAUUCCAGUAAACGAGUUUGCUCUUACCUAUAAAGAGAUGCUGAGGGUCGACUCACAGAGCAACUCCUCACAGCUCCGAGAAGAGUUCCAGACUCUGAACUCCGUGACCCCUCACCUGGACGUGGAAGAGUGCAGUAUUGCGCUGCUGCCGCGGAACCGCGAGAGGAAUCGUAGCAUGGAUGUGCUGCCACCUGACCGUGCCCUCGCCUUCCUCGUCACCACCGAGGGCGAGAGCAACAACUACAUCAACGCCGCACUGAUGGAUAGCUUCCACCGCCCAGCAGCACUGAUAGUGACCCCGCACCCUCUCCCUGGCACCACAGCUGACUUCUGGAGGCUGGUGUUCGACUACGGCUGCACCUCCAUCAUCAUGCUCAACCAGCUCAACCAGUCCAAUUCGGCCUGGCCGUGUGUACAGUACUGGCCCGAGCCUGGACUCCAGCAGUACGGCCCCAUGCAGGUGGAAUUCCUCUCCAUGUCGGCUGAUGAGGAUAUCAUCACGCGCCUGUUCCGGGUCAAAAAUGUCACAAGACUCCAGGAGGGUCAGCUGAUGGUGUGCCAGUUCCAGUUCCUUCGCUGGUCGGCAUAUCGCGACGUGCCGGACUCCAGGAAGGCCUUCCUCAACCUGCUGGCCCAUGUACAGAAAUGGCAGAGAGAGUGUGGCGAGGGGCGCACAGUGGUGCACUGUCUGAAUGGUGGUGGCCGUAGUGGCACGUUCUGUGCAUGUACCAUUCUCAUGGAGAUGAUCCAGUACCAGAAUAUAGUGGAUGUCUUCUAUGCCGUCAAGACCCUGCGCAACUCCAAGCCCAACAUGGUGGAGUCUCUGGAACAGUAUCGCUUCUGUUAUGACCUGGUGCUGGAAUUUCUGGAGUGCAUGGAGGUCAGAUAGCAACACUGGCCUUACAGUGCAGACCAAGACUGCCAGCAGCUUCUUUCUUGUUCUUUUUCUUUCUCUUUCUCUCCCUGUUCUAUUUUCUUUUUUCUGUCUCUCUGUCUCUCUCGCUCUCGUUCUCUCUAUGUCUCACCUAGGAAGGGACGAAUGGAAAAUAAAUGUGAACAGAGACUUCCACCUUUUGUCCCGGAAUGUCUGGAUGUGGUUGUCCCUCUGUGUCAUAGUUGUUUGUGGUUUAGUGUUGUUUUUCAUUGCCUCCCCCCACCAUUCUCCCCAGGCUGUGAGCAAUCCUCCAGAAAUAACCCAAAUCCUGCUCUGAUACUGAACACCAUGAGCGAGUGUGACUUCAAUUCAUUUUCUCCGAGAUGUGCUCUAUGCUGUGCUAGGACUGCACAACACCUGGAAGUGUCUCUAGAUGAUCGGACUGAGGAAAUAAAAUGGAUGUCACUUGAAUGUGUUCCCUUUAUGUGCAGUGCACUAGAGUCAGACAUCUAAGGCCUGAUCUGUCCACACACACACACACACACACACGCCUGCAUACACUGAAAAAAACUAGAUCAGCAGUCAGCGGUCCAUCAACUGCCUCUUCAGACUAUGAUGCCUCUUUAGUGCACCUCUAUGCCCAGCUAUAGUUUUUCCACCUUUGGACACCGGUUUUCUAACUAGUUUUUGGACAAAAUAUGAUUGUUGUCUUGUGAGUACAUGUGUCUUGGACCUCCUAUGCCUGGACCACUGACAAUGCAGCAUAUUGGUCUGUAGAGGCGGAGUCUGUUUCUUCCUACACUACAUGGUGGUAUGCACACUGUUUCCCAGAAUGGAGGGAAAGCUCACAAAAUCAAAUGGCUCCAAGUUGGCUUAUCUGAUUUACAAUGGCACAGUUUUUUUUCUGUUUCUUUUCUCGCUUGUAUAUACAUUUAAGGUCUGCGGAACUUCUCCUUUAAGUUUCAAGUCUGAUGGCUAAUUCAUCUUGUGCAUGCAAAAGGAGUACUUUAGCAGGGUGCAGCUGCUCAAUGUCCUUAAGCAGGAGGUGAAUUACAGGUUGACCCCAGCACAGCACUGUCUUUCAGUGUUUGCAUAAGAGAGCUGCUAAUGGAGUUUUACAGGAGCAUAUAUCAAGAAGGGGGAAAUUGCGCCCCAAGCGAAAAGACGGUAAUGAAACUGAAGAUGGGGAGUCUGCCUCUGAUCAUUUUUCUUCAGACUUGCUUGUGUUUGUCGAGUGGAAUCUGUUUAAUACCUUGUGAACCUUUCAUGAGAGGUGACUAUGUAUGUAAGAUGGACUCAAGAUAUGUUAAAGAUACGUAUGUCCCUUUAAUUUGAAAUUCCAGUCUUUGUGCAUCAGAAAGUCAGUUCUCCAUUUCACUGUGGGAACAGUUUCACUGGUGCUCCUCUUUGCAGCCAUUCACAAGACAUGAGGAGGAAACCCAAGAAUAUCACCAACCACACACAUGCCUGUCUGUUUGUCCAAAGUGAAUCCCACAUAUACCCACUUCAUAGUACAGUUUCCGUUACCAUUUUGAUCUCAAAGUGUGCAGUUAUGCCCAUUACCCAAUAUGAUGAUCCAACUGCAGAACUGUUGAAAGUGUCAUAUUAGAGAUCCAUCACGCUAACUGUCAUAGAAAGCCACCCAUGCAAUUUUAAUGCAGCUGGUUUGCUGAAUUUAUUGCUGUGCAUAUGUCACCCCAGAUGUCAGGCUUCUGAGCUGACACUGAGUGACAGUCUCAGCACAAUUCAGCCCAAUGACUUACAGAGUCAAGGGAGUCCACUGAAUGGUCAGACAGAUGGAACAGUUUAAAACAGGAGAGUGAUACUGAGACAAGGCCUCGUAUAGAGAGCAGAAGUGUUGGAUUGAUAUUUCUUUACAACCCUGGACUUUUGUCAGAAAGUGCCUGGACACUCACAUUGGAAGUGAAGAGUAUGUGAACAUAUAGAUGUAUAUUUGUUAUGUGAAUAGUUUGUGUAUAGUAUGUGAAUAAACCACUAUGUUUGGCCAGAUUUAACAAUUUAAAAAGAACAACAAAAACGUUGAAUGUACUGUGCUGUAUAUGACUUUCAAUUUGCAACUAUGCCAGCAAAUUAUAUGCUACAACUUCAACCAGCUGUGGAUGUGACCCAAGAACCAAUCCAAAGCCCUUGAAACUAUGGCCACCUGCAGUCCUCCCAGCCCAUGUCACUCCACAUUUAAAAUUCAGUCAUUCUCACCUCGCUCCUUCCAAAGACGUAUUUGCCAUCCCUUCUUCUGUAUAGUAUGUCAUGUAAUUGUCUAGUGUAUUUCAAGAUUGCUAGAGCAGUGUGGAAGAACAGAGGACUUUUACCAUCCAUUCUAAUUGGCCUGCUCUGGAGGCCUUUGGACCGGCUCCUUUCCUUUUUUGUGUACGGUACUGAAUGGACUGAAAAUACUUCUGUGUUUGGGCCAUGUAUUUGCAUGGGCAAGACAGGAACAUGGAGUUAUAUAUGUCACAGUGCUUUGAGGCAUAGAAGAUUUUUUUUUUUUUGUUAUUUUUUGUUUGUCUUUAAAAGAAGAUAAAUAAAAGGUUCUAUGACUGGA